AUGGUUGAUAUUGACUUAUUGUCACGUGAUUUACUGACAAGUUUAACCUGCUCAGCCUUAGUUCUACCUAAUGUCUCGUCAUAUCAACCGAGUACUUGCGUUAAAACUUUGUCUAUGCCUAAAAUUGAUAAUGACAGUUUAGCAGAUCCAUUUUAUUAUAGAACGGAUCCCAUUGAUAUACUUCUUGGAUCCAAUAUAUGCCCCAAAAUUAAAAUACCUGGUGAAUCUUUCGUACAUGAUAAUUUAUUCUUUCAAAAUACUAUUUUUGGAUGGGUGUUCUCUGGUUCUUCAGAAUCAACACGCACAAAAACCAUUCAUUUUCAUAACGUUAUUUUAGAAAAUCUCCUUCGAUCUUUUUGGGAACAGGAGGAAAUUACUCCAGUUCGUGAAUUGAGUGAUGAGGAGAUUGCUUGUGAACAUUUUUUCGAGGCCACAACUACACGCUCUACUUCUGGCAGAUAUGUUGUCAAUUUGCCAUUCAAGUCACUGAUAAAGCAUAAUUCUUUUCCUAAAAUUCAUAAUAACAUGAUUGGAGCAUUAAAGCGUUUUAAGCAGUUGGAAAGCUCAUUUUUAAAUCGUCCGGUGUUUUCCGAAAUAUAUAAAGAUUUCAUGCGCGAAUAUGAAACACUAGGUCAUAUGACCAAAAUCGGUACAUAUCCCGCAGAUAUUUUGAAAAACUCAUAUUUUUUGCCCCACCAUGGUGUGCUUAAGGAUGAUAGCACCACAACCAAGUUAAGAGUAGUGUUCGACGGUAGUAGCCAUAUGGACGAUCGAAAAUGUCUUAAUGAAGAACUAUCUCCUGGCCCUGCGUUGCAAAAUGAUCUGCCACAGAUUAUCACCAAAUGGAGAACUCAUAGAAUUGGUUUUAGUGCUGACAUUGAAAAAAUGUUUAGGCAGAUUGAAGUUAUUUCACUACACCGUCCAUUUCAGCAGAUAUUAUGGCGAUAUAGUCCUCUUGAUGAGAUCUCUGUAUACCAAUUAAACACUGUGACAUAUGGAACGACUUCAGCCCCAUAUCUCGCUAUACGUGUGCUGCGCCAAUUGGCGGAAGAUUAUAAGGAUGAAUUUCCUGAUGAAUCUAAGAUCUUGGUUACAGAUUCUUAUGUCGACGACAUUAUAUCUGGUGCUGAGACAGUUGAAAGGGCGAUUGUUUUACAAAGGAAUUUAUGUAAACUUUUGGGAAAAGGUGGGUGUAAUUUGCGAAAGUGGAUCACAAAUUCACCUGAAUUAUUUCAUAAAAUUCCUGAGGAGUUUAGAGAAAAAUCUUUAACUCUGAAUUUUGAUGGCGACAAUGUUGUCAAAACACUUGGAAUUCAGUGGAAUACCACUGAUGAUACUCUUUCUUAUAGGACAAAUAUUGAUGAAUCUCGUCCAGUUUCAAAGCGAACAAUCUUAUCCGAGACGGCUCGUGUAUAUGAUCCUUUGGGGUGGCUUACUCCUUGCACUGUAGUUGCAAAAUCUCUUUUUAAACAAUUGUGGGAAAAAAAGGUAGACUGGGACAGCCCAAUUCCAUCGGAUAUUAAUGAGAAAUGGUUGGAAUACAGAUCGACUCUUUCUGAAUUCUCAAAUAUUAAAAUUCCAAGAUGGAUUAAUGUUUCUAAAGAUUUUAAGCUAGAACUUCACUGUUUUUGCGAUGCUUCCACCGUGGCAUACGCAGCAGCCAUUUAUUGCAGAGUUAUUACUCCCAAUGAGAUUUUUGUACAUCUCUUACAAGCGAAAUCUAAAAUUUCGCCAAUUAAAACAGUCUCUAUUCCUCGACUUGAGCUUUGCGCUGCUACUUUAUUAGCAAAAUUAUCUGAAAGAGUAAAAAACUCCUUCAAAGACAGACAUAUUGAAAAUAUAUUCUUUUGGAGUGACAGUUCUACCGUGCUAUGUUGGCUGAGGAAGCCUCCUUCGAGUUGGACGGUUUAUGUCGCGAAUAGAGUUGCUGAAAUUCAGCGGCAUAGCAAUUAUUUUCAAUGGAAAUAUGUACCCUCUGCAUUAAAUCCCGCAGAUUGUGCAUCUAGAGGUAUUUUUCCUCAUCAGCUAGUAGAGUGUGAGAUAUGGUGGAAUGGUCCGAAGUUUUUGUAUGAACCGCAAUCAUCAUGGCCAAAACCUCUAUCUAAUUAUGAAACAUUCGAGGAAAUUUCUAAAACUCACACAUCUUCAUCAACUUCUUUUCGUAACAUUUCUGUAAAUACUAUUUCGGGAAAUAAACUACCCGAUGAAUCAUCUGUAAAGCAAGAUAAAAUUAAAACUUGUGAAUAUCCUUACUUUUUGCAUAAAUUUUCUAAAUUAAUUUGCCUAUUAAGAGCAAUUUCCAUUUGCUACAGAUUUAUUCAUAAUAGCAGGAGCAGUAAUCGAAAUUCUAAAGAGACUGGGUCUCUUACACCGGCAAUUUUGAAUACUACUCUGGAAAAUUUAAUAAAAAUAACACAAGCUAUUGAUUUUCCCAAUGAUUUAAAAUUACUCAUUCGUAAGGGAGAAGUUAAACAAAAAGCUCUUCGAAAACUUAUGCCAUUUGUAGACGAAGAGGGAAUUAUUCGAGUUGGUGGCCGUUUACAGAAUUCUAAUCUGCCGUUUAACGUUAAACAUCCUAUUCUCCUAUCUAAUAGAAAUCCCCUUGCAAAACUUAUAAUUCAUAAUGCUCAUGAAAAAACAUUGCAUGGUGGUAUCAGUUUGACUAUGUCAUAUGUAAAUAGAAAAUAUUGGAUUAUUUCUGGUAAUCAGUUGGCCAAGGCUGUUAUUACCAACUGCAUGCGUUGUUUUACUUAUUCAGCGAAAGCUGCUACACAAAUAAUGGGAAAUUUACCAUCUAUUCGCUUAAAUGCCACCAGACCUUUUAAACAUAGUGGAGUCGACUACGCAGGUCCUAUAUCUGUUAAAAAUUGUACCUUAAGAUCGGCCGCUAUUUCAAAAGGGUAUAUUUGUUUGUUCGUAUGUAUGGUUACUAAAGCCAUACAUUUAGAGGCUGUAUCUGACAUGACCACAAACUCAUUUUUAGCCGGAUUUCGGCGUUUUAUAUCUCGCAGAGGUGGAUGCACAGAUAUUUAUUCCGACUGUGGAACAAAUUUCGUCGGUGCUUCCAAAGAACUUCAAGUUCUUUUGCAUAGGAAUAAAAAAUCUUUACCUGACGAUUUGGUAAAUUCAUUAACAUCUAUUGGUACUGAAUGGCAUUUUAUUCCUCCUGGUUCCCCAAACUUUGGCGGCCUGUGGGAGGCAGGAGUGAAGUCGGUCAAAUAUCAUUUAAAAAGAAUAAUGCAUGAGAGAGUUUUAAGUUUUGAAGAAUUGGCAACUUUACUCUGUCAAAUAGAAAGUGUAUUAAAUUCUAGACCACUUUGCCCUUUGUCUUCAGACCCGUCUGACUUAGAUGCGUUAACACCAGCUCAUUUCAUAAUAGGCGAGCCAACGACAUGUAUUCAAGAGGAAAAUUUACUAGAUAUUAACAUUAACCGUUUAAAUCGAUGGAAAUCUAUAGAAAAACUUAAGCAACAUUUUUGGAGGAGAUGGUACUUGGAAUAUUUAAAUCGUUUGCAAGCUCGACCAAAAUGGCUUACACCGAAACCUGAUGCUAAAGUUGGAGACUUAGUUUUGAUUGCUGAUGACAGAUGUGGACCAGCUCAAUGGAUAUUAGGUCGUAUUCAAGAGAUACACCCUGGCCUUGAUGGUCGGGUGCGGGUAGUAUCCAUACUAACGAAAAAUAAAAUCAUGAAAAGACCAAUUUCUAAAAUAUGUUUUUUACCUACAGAUUCCACCGAAGAAAUUUCUACACUGAAGUACAAAACUACACCCUCGGAUAGAAGGAUGGAGCCUAGCUCAAACGCU